CCUUCAAAUUGAAACUCAAAUCAAACCAAAUCGAGCGAAACCAAUCCCCCUCCUCUCCCCCAACGAGCGAAUUCCUCCCCCCCGCUCCCCUCCCCGCCGCAUCUAGGGUUUCGUUUCGCCCGCCCACGGCGCCCAUGGACCCCGGCGCCGCCGGCGCCGGCGGCGGGACCCGGGCCGGCUUCGAGCGGGCGUGCCGCCUGCCCAACACCGUCCACUCCGAGAUCGCGGCCCGCGUUGCCGGCUCCCCACCCUCCCGGCUCGCGCUCGGCUUCGACGACCUCCGCGACGACGAGCCCCUCGCCGCGCCCGACCGCCCCGACAUGAUCAUGCAGGCAGCAAACAUCGCCCGCAUCCUCGCCGAGACCGACGUCUCCCACCUGGGCUUCACGGAGGCCGACAACAUCGACGUCGACCCCAGCCAGUGCUCCUGGCUCUGGAUGGAGGUGCUCAAGCACAACCCCGACGCCUUCAAGGUCAAGGCCCCUGCGCCCCCGCCGUCUUUGCAAGGUCCACAUGAAGGCCCAGAAUAUCAAAAUCAAAGUGAGAUGCAUUUUGAGUAUCUUACGUCUAAUAUGAACAAAGCACGGAAGGAACCUGUAUUUCCUCUGGAUGACAUCAACUCACGCAGAGAGCAUCUUCGUAAUGAACUAACGCCAGAUUCAGUUGCUUCAAAGAAGCCAAAAGUUAGAAAGAAAGAAAAUGGCAAUUCUGUUUCAAGUUCUGGCCCCAGCAUUCCUAAUAGUCAAGAAGUUAUCGCCAACUUCUGUGAGAUGGUGGAGGAUUUCUGUGGAAGAGUCGAAAUUCCUGAUGAUGCAGAUGGCGGUGAUUGGUUGUCAAUACCACUUAAUGAUGUUAAGGUUCUUGUCAAUGAAAUUACAUCUGUUCGAUCCAAAAGGAUAUUGCAUGAGGUUCCUAUGGAUACAGUUACAAGGUUAUUACAUGUGAUAGACCGUCAGAUCCGAUGUUCUCAAGGUUUGUCAAUAGAUGAGAAGGAAAAUCCUGAUGCUGAACCUAUGGUUUUCUCGGCUUUGGAGUCCGUUCAUGCAGCGUUAGCAAUUAUGACCCACCAUGACAUGCCAAAGCAACUGUAUCGAGAGAAGUAUCUUAUUGAGCGAAUUAUUGAUUUCUCAAGGCGUCAGAUCACUGACUGUAUGGCAGCAAGUAACCCAACCUUCCGAGCUAUCCACAAACCAGCUGAAAAUGUUGCAAAUGACGGAGAUGAUGAUGAAGAGGAUAUGGAAAAUGGACCAGUUAGCAAAAAGAGACGUACCACUACUAAUCUAACUGCGAGAAAAUCUUCUUCAAACAGAGUUUCUGCUUCUGUUUACUCUGCUGUCCAGAAACUAUGCUUGGUAUUGGGCUUUCUCAAGGAACUGCUCACAACGGUGCGCUUAUCAGAUAGUUGUAUUCUGCAGUUAGCAAAAACCUGCUUUACUACAUUCUUGGUGGACAAUAUGCAGCUAUUACAAUUGAAAGCGAUUGGGGUUAUUGGCACGGUUUUUUCAUCAUACACACAACACAGGAGUUACCUGGUUGAUGAAACAAUUGUCCUUCUUCGUAAGUUGCAGUUUUCAAGAAAUGCUGUUAGAACCUACCAUCUGGCAGAUGAAGAACAAAAGCAAAUCCAGAUGAUAACAGCACUGUUAGUUCACCUGGUUCAGUUUAGUGCAAUUGUUCCCGAUAGCUUAAAGGGAACAGUUGAUUGGAGCACUAUUAUUGAUGCCCCAGUUGAUGCUAGUUAUCCAAUUAAAUGCCAUGAAGCAGCAACAGAGGCUUGUUGCCUUUUCUGGACUAGUGUCCUUCAACGUUUUACUGCUGCUAAAUCUCAAGAUAUGUCAGAAGCCAAAGGAAUAAUAGAUAAUCUUGUUCAGGAUUUGCUAACGAUACUUAACUUGCCGGAGUAUCCAGCUGCUGCUUCUGUUCUUGAGGUUCUCUGUGUAUUGCUGCUUCAAAAUGCUGGAUUAAAAUCUAAGGACACUAAUGCUCGGUGCUUUGCUAUUGACCUUCUUGGUGGUAUCGCAUCAAGGUUGAAGCGUGAUUCUGUCACCUGUAGUGAGGAGAAGCUUUGGAUAUUGCAAGAGCUCACUGAUGCAGGUAGUGAUGGCUCGAAAAUUUUGAAAAACAAAUGUUGUGUUUGUCUUGGUGGAAGAGGUAUAAAUAUAGCCUGUGAUGUAUGUGGAAGAUGUUUCCAUUCAGAUUGUAUGGGGGCUAGCAGUCAGGAUAACUUACAGCAUGAUAGUGUCUGUCCCUUAUGUUUUUGCAAACAACAACUCAGUGUGUUACAGUCGUAUUGCCAGUUACAAACUAAAGAGAAUGGCAAAAGAACUGCUGCCUCGGUUAGUAAGAAAUCUGCCGCACCAUCUGAGGUGCCAGCAUUGGAUAUUGUGCAACAAAUACUACUGAGUUAUCUUCAGGAAGCUGGUCCACAAGAUGAUGGGAACCUGUUUACUCGAUGGUUCUAUCUAUGUAUCUGGAACAAAGAUGACCCACAUUCUCAAGAGAAGAUUAUCUACUAUCUAGCUAGAUUAAAAUCUAAGGAGAUUCUGCGUGAUUCUGGCAAUGGUUUGGUAAUUUCCAGAGAUUGGGCAAAGAAAAUUUGCUUGGCACUGGGGCAGAAGAAUUCAUUUUCGAGGGGGUUUGAUAAAAUUCUUGCCCUUCUUUUGGCUAGCUUGAGAGAAAAUUCUCCUGUAAUAAGGGCAAAGGCUUUACGUGCGGUCAGCAGUAUAGUUGAAGCUGACCCUGAGGUCUUGGGUGACAAACGUGUACAGUCUGCUGUUGAAGGGAGAUUUUGCGAUUCGGCUAUUUCUGUUCGUGAAGCUGCCCUUGAACUUGUUGGAAGGCAUAUUGCUUCACAUCCUGAUGUAGGCCUGAAGUAUAUUGAAAAAGUUGCUGAGCGAAUAAAGGACACAGGAGUAAGUGUUCGCAAACGUGCAAUUAAAAUUAUAAGGGAUCUUUGUGCUUCAAAUCCAAACACGGACACAACGCAUGCCUUUGUGGAGAUUAUUUCUCGUGUUAAUGAUGAGGAGUCCAGUGUACAGGAUCUUGUAUGUAAAACAUUUCAUGAGCUAUGGUUUGAAGAACCUACUGGGAGUCAUAAGCACUUGGUUGCUGAUGGUAGUUCAGUUCCUAUGGAGAUUGCUAAAAAGACUGAGCAAAUUGUUGAAAUGUUGAGGAAGAUGCCCAAUCACCAACCCUUGAUUACCAUUAUAAAACGUAACUUGACUCUUGAUUUCCUCCCUCAGUCAACAAAGGCCACAGGCAUUAACUUGUCCAUGGUGGCAUCACUUAGGAAACGUUGUGAGUUGAUAUGCAAGCGGUUGUUAGAAAGAAUAUUGCAGGUUGAAGAAGGAGCUGCUAAUGAGAUGGAAAUCCAUGCACUUCCUUAUAUCAUUGCCUUGCAAGCGUUUUGUAUUGUUGAUCCCACCCUCUGCAUUCCAGUGACUGAUCCUUCUAAGUUUGUUGUGACACUACAACCAUAUCUUAAGAUUCAGAUUGACAAUAAAUCAGCUGCCCAGUUGCUUGAAAGUAUAAUUUUCGUGAUUGAUGCUGUUCUUCCACUCAUAAGGAAGCCACCACAAACUGUGGUUGUAGAACUUGAGCAGGAUCUGAAGCAGAUGAUAGUUCGUCAUUCCUAUUUGACAGUUGUACAUGCAUGUAUCAAGUGCCUUUGUUCCCUAAGCAAAUCAGCUGGUAGAGGUCCAGGAUUACUGGAAUACCUUGUUAAUGUUUUUUACAAGCAUCUGUCUGGCACUAAUACAGAUAGUCAGCUGUUGGGUCGAUCGCUGUUUUGUCUUGGACUGCUCCUUCGGUAUGGUUAUCAACUGAUGUUAACAUCUGAAAAUCAGCUUGAUUUCCCAAAGAUUAUCAACUUGCUCCAGAGAAGAUAUCUUCUCAGGGAUGAUUUCAACUUGAAGGUUCGAGCUUUGCAGACUUUGGGAUACAUACUUAUCGCGAAGCCUGAAUUUAUGCUACAAAAAGAAAUCAUGAAUCUCAUAGAGGCAACACUAUCUUCUGCAGUUGAUCAUAGGUUAAAGAUUCAAGGACUUCAAAACCUCUAUGAGUAUCUCCGAGAUGCCGAAAGCCAACUUACUGCUGAGAGUACUGGGAAGCCUCCUGUACAGUCUGCAAUAAAUGGUGGAAGUGAAGUUCCUGUUGCUGCUGGUGCUGGAGACACCAACAUAUGUGGUGGUAUUAUCCAAUUGUAUUGGAGUUCUAUUCUUGAAAGGUGCUUGGAUACAAAUGACCAAGUUCGCCAGAGUGCACUUAAGAUUGUUGAAGUUGUACUUCGCCAGGGUUUAGUUCACCCUAUUACAUGUGUUCCGCACCUUAUAGCACUUGAAAUGGACCCAUUGGAGGGGAACUCAAAGUUGGCUCAUCAUCUACUAAUGAAUAUGAAUGAAAAGUAUCCUUCAUUUUUUGAAAGCCGCUUAGGUGAUGGCCUACAAAUGUCAUUUAUAUUCUUCGAGACCACAGUCAGCAACCAUAAACUCGCAGCAAACGUGAAAUCAAAUCCAAUUGCUUUUGUCAAACCUGGCAUAACUAGAAUAUACCGUCUUAUCCGUGCAAAUCGAAAUUCAAGAAACAAAUUUGUCCACUCAAUAGUUCGGAAAUUUGAGCCUGAUGGCCGGAAUCGCUCCACAGUUAGCUUUCUUGUAUACUGUGCUGAAGUUCUUGCCUCCCUGCCAUUCACAUGCCCUGAUGAACCACUCUAUUUGAUCUAUGAUAUAAAUCGAGUUAUUCACUUGAGAGCAGGAGCGAUUGAGGCCAAUUUGAAAAGGUGGACUUCUAUGGAUCAGCCUCAAGAUGCGGCGGGUAUGGCAACAUUGCCAGGAGAGAGUCAUGUUGUCAUGCAUGAGCCUGGAGGAUAUUAUGACCAUAAUGAGGGAUAUAUUCCUGUAAGGGUGAAUAACAAUCCUUGUAGUACAUCAGAUGUGGACAUGGCCAAAGUUCAGGAGGAUUGCCAUGACGCAAUAGCCCUGCAACUCCUCCUCAAAUUGAAAAGACAUUUGAAAAUUGUUUAUAGUUUAACUGAUGCCCGCUGUCAGGCAUUUUCUCUAAAGGAACCACCAAAAACUGGAGAAACUCUCUCCAAGCAGAAUGUUCCUUUUAACAUUGGCAACAAUAACAUCAGUCUGCCGAGCUGCCUGCAGGAUGUAGCUUCUGUGUACCAAGAUUUCAAGACAGUGCUGCGGGAAGAUUCCAUGGACUUCGGUAUGUACACCCCCUCUGUGCAGAGGAAGCGCCCAACCCCAAGAAGUACGUCGAGAGUCAGGAGGACAGCCGCCACAAGUGUUACAAGAGCCCGUGGCGGUGGCCGUGGUGGUGAUGAUGACGAUACUGACGAUGACGACUGGACUGGGGGGCCAAGAGUGCUGGACUUCAGCGCUCAGGCAAGCAAUGGUGGCCGUGUAACAAGGCAAAGGGUCCAAGUAUGACUGAUCUUGGUGCUUUGUACAUUGUAGGGAGGUCUAUACGAGCUGACAGGAGACUUAGUGGGAGUGUAGGUUAAGGUCGUUUAUUUAGGUACAUAGCAGAAAGGAAAGGAAGAUAGCUUUUUACUUAGAUGCCAUUAAUCUGGAGCACUCCUUUUCUUGCUCUGCCCUUGUCCUCUUUGUAAUUUCGGCUGGGCUUUAGCAAAACUGACAAACGGGUUGUGCUCCGUCAAAAGAUCUGAUUCAAUGGGAAUGAAAUGGUUCCUUUUGCUUUGUUUGGAAUACAGGUUCUGUAUGCGUGUAAUUGUUCUGGUUUCCUGAUGUUGAAUUUGUAUGUGCUGAGGUUUAUGUUCC